AUGGAGUCGAAACUAAAAUUUAAAGAUUCAAUUACCUUACAAGACUGUGAAAAACCUACACUAAAUUUAACAACGCCAUUUUCGAUAAACGAUAUAUUGACAAAAGAAAAUGAAACAAAGUGUUUUGAAAAUGGAAUGUUCUCAGAAUUCGGCGGGAAGAUUAAUUUUUUAAAUAAACCGGCACAAGAUGGCUAUAAAAAGGAGGUUUUAGAAAAGAGUAUGAAGUACUACGAUGAUUGUAAUUUUCGUGAUUUUUCGGAUGACGGUGCUUUGGAUAUGUCGAGGAAAAAUAAUUUUCCCGUAACAGAACUAUCGGACGACUACGACUCGCGGUCCUCAAACACCGGCUCUCCGGUACGACGAAGCAACUCAUCCCCAAAUUCAGAAAUAAGCUACAAACCGUUUAACUUACAUUACGAGAGAAAGUGUACCACGCCCCCUCCUGACCGCACCAUGAACUACACUCCAAUAGAAUACUCACAAACAAACGGAAGGAAAAAGAGAUCGAGAGCGGCCUUCUCCCACGCACAAGUAUACGAACUCGAACGACGUUUCAGCCAACAAAGAUACUUGUCGGGACCAGAGCGGGCUGACCUGGCUGUUAGCUUGAAGUUAACAGAAACCCAAGUAAAAAUAUGGUUCCAGAACCGCCGGUACAAAACAAAACGAAAGCAAUUGCAGAUGCAAGAAAGCGGAAUGCUAGCAGCUGCCGCGGCUAAUGCUAGGAAGGUCGCAGUAAAAGUUCUAGUAAAUAACAACGGACCUAAUUUACCAGAUUUCAAAUACCAGGCUAUUGGCAAAACAAUGAACCCUUUCGGCCCGAAUAUUCUAGAAGGAUCUCCAAUUUUGAAGCAUUUCGCUGGAGUGUAUGGUGUUGAUUUUGCAAAGAAUCCAGAAUAUAAGGUUUUGUUACAAGAAUCUUAUAACCAAGCUAUGCUGCAGAGUCUUUAUGGCCCACACUUAGGGGUAAACUACCCCAAUUUACCCAUUCCCUAUAUGUACUAUCCCGGUCAUCCCUUCGGAAUGCCUAUCCCAUGUGAAGUGGACAGAAGUCAUGGUGAAAGUAGCGAAAAUGUUAAGGAAUUUGGCGAAAGUUCUAUGAAAGACGACAAAAUCGAUAAACCCAAACCUCAUAUUGAUGUAAACGAAAAUAGUAACGAAAGUAUGGCUAGUAAUAUUGAAAUAGAAAAU